UCAGCGAGAUAGAUACAACUUAGGGGUUUUGGGGACUUAAGGUUGAUUCAAUCGCAGCCAUGGGGAAGAAGAAAGGCACCAGCAAAGCAGACGCAGCGGAUGACGUCCUACAAACACUCGAAGACUUCACCAGCAAAGAGAAUUGGGACAAGUUCUUCACUCUCCGAGGCAGCGACGACUCGUUCGAGUGGUACGCUGAGUGGCCUCAGCUCCGCGACUCGCUUCUGCCUCUCCUCCGAGCCUCCUCGCCCUCCUCUUCUUCUUCUGGUUCGCUUCAGAUUCUGGUUCCGGGAUGCGGAAACUCCCGCCUCUCCGAGCAUUUGUACGACGCGGGGCUCCGUGACGUCACCAAUGUGGACUUCUCCAAGGUUGUUAUCUCCGAUAUGCUUCGACGGAACAUAAGGAGUAGGCCUGAGAUGCGGUGGCGUGUUAUGGACAUUACAAAGAUGCAGUUGGGUGAUGAGUCUUUUGAUACGGUGCUGGAUAAAGGUGCUCUUGAUGCUUUGAUGGAGCCUGAAGUUGGUACCAAGCUGGGAAGCCAAUACUUAUCAGAGGCUAAGCGUGUUCUCAAACCUGGGGGAAAGUUUAUCUGUUUAACGUUGGCAGAGUCUCAUGUAUUAGCAUUGCUUUUCUCAAGCUUUCGUUUUGGUUGGAAGUUGACUGUUCAUUCAAUCUCUCAAAAACGUUCGAGUCUUAAGACUUUUAUGGUUGUGGCUGAGAAAGAAAAGUCCACUGUCUUGCAUGAGAUAACAUCUUCUUUCGAUCUUUUAUCUCUUGGCCGCAAUGAUGCUCAGGGUUCUGGUAUGUGUGAAGCCCUUGAAAGUGAGAACGAGAUACGUAGAGACUGCAACAAUGGAUCAGACUUGUUGUACUCUCAUGAAGAUUUGAUACUUGGUGUCAAAGGAGAUUUAGCUGAGCUUACUGGAGGUCGUCGUGUAAAAUUUACUUUAGGAAGCAAUUUCAGUUAUAGGGCCGUGCUUCUUGAUGCUCAGAAGCAGACCGAGCCGUUCGUGUAUCAUUGUGGUGUUUUCCUUGUCCCUAAGACUCGUGCUCAUGAGUGGCUGUUGUGUUCAGAGGAAGGACAGUGGCAGGUUGUUGAGAGUUCUAGGGCCGCUCGUCUCAUAAUGGUUUAUCUGGACAGUAGCCAUAAUGGCGUCAGCAUGGAGGAUAUCCAGAAUGAUUUAUCUCCCAUGGUGACACAACUAGCUCCUAGAAACGAUGAUGAGGCAGCUCGCAUUCCGUAUAUGAUGGCAAGUGAUGGGAUCAAAAAGCGUAAUACUAUCCACGAGGUGACGUCUUCCUUGACUGGGGAAGUUGUGGUUGAAGAUGUGGUUUAUGAAAGCAGUUCUAGUAAUACCGGAGGCUUAUCUCCUUCUGCUGAUUUGGCAUUUAGACGCCUUGUAUUCAAAAGAACCGAGUAUUUGAUACAGUCUGAAGCCUUGCUUGUAGAGGAUGGUGAGAUUGUUGAUGAAUCUCAAACAGAGAAAACUAAAACUGCUUCCCAAUCAAAACGGAAAGGAAAUAAAAAACGAAACCAAGAAACGAGCGGACCCAUUAUGAAGGUCUCUCAUGAUUAUUUGGCUAGCUCUUACCACGCUGGAAUUAUUUCUGGAUUCACAUUGGUAUCUUCCUAUCUGAAGAAGUCUGAAUCGAGUGGAAAGAUGGUUAAGACUGUUAUAAUUGGUCUUGGAGCUGGAUUACUUCCCAUGUUCCUCCAUGGAUGCUUUCCAUUUUUUGAUAUCGAGGCGGUUGAGCUUGACCCGGUAAUGCUUGACGUUGGCAAGGAUUACUUUGGUUUCACACAAACUGAUCGCUUGAAGGUGCAUAUUGCUGAUGGAAUCAAAUACAUUAGAGACGUAACAAACCCUGAAUCUUCUUCCGAGAAAGCGUCGGACGCUGUCUCUAAAACAGAGAUCACUAGUUCCAAUAAUGCGGAAGGCAGCACUUGUCCUGACAUCUUGAUUAUAGAUGUUGAUUCAGCAGAUUCAAGCGGUGGAUUAACCUGUCCUGCAUCUGAGUUUAUUGAAGAGACAUUUCUUCUCUCAGUUAAGCGUGCUCUUCCUCAGCAUGGUCUUUUUGUAGUGAACUUGGUUUCAAGGUCACAAUCCGUCAAAGAUAUGGUUGUAUCAAGAAUGAAAAAGGUUUUCGAUCGCUUGUUUAGCCUGCAACUAGAAGAGGAAGAUGAUGUAAACGUCGUGCUGUUUGGGCUCUGCUCUGAAUCUGUAAUCGGAGAGAGCGAUAUUCCAGAGUCUGCAGUUAUACUUGAGGAACUGCUCAAGUGCCAGAGAUUGGAAACGAAGCAAAGCAUCAUCGACUCUACAAACAAGUUGAAAUGCUGGAAAUGAAUCUACAGCAUUUCAACUUGUUUGAAAACAAGCUUGUCUUUAGCUGUUUUAAAAAGGAUUCUUUCAUGUUAGACGUGCUGUUUGAAUUUUUUUUGAGCUUACUGAAGAUUAUACUUGUGUAAUAGUUUCUUCCUUAAACACAAGUGGAAAAUGAA